AUGGGGCGUGAGCUGUCGCUGGACUUCUUGCUCUACUUCGUCAGCAUGCACUACGAAUGCUACGAGAUAUGCGAUGUGUUGCCAACUGAGGUUCAACUUGAUGAUGUGCAGCAUGAGGUAGAGGUGCAGCAAGUUAUCAUGCCUGGCAAGUUUUUGAACGGGAAGAUGAUUGAUGUGGAGUGGCCUGACGUUGGGUUUCAGAUCCCCUCUCUGCAGCCGUCCCAGAUGUUCGACGAUGCCAGGUUUGACCCGAAGUACUACGUGCCAGAGGCCAAGAGCGACGUGGAGCACAUCUUCAGGACUUGCAGCUACCAUUGCUUGAUGAAGAUGGGGCUGGCCGAGCAGGCGGAGGACAGCGCCGCGCGGUUGCGCCUCGAGGAGCGCCACGCCGAGGAGCUGCGGGCGGAGCUGGACGGCUGCCGCGGCGAGGCGGGGUGCGAGCUCCGGUCGCUGCGUGAGGAGCUGCGCGCGGCGGAGAGCCGCGAGCGCCUGCGCAGCGGCGAGGCGGCCGCCGAGGCCGAGGAGCUCGUGUGGGUGCGCACCGUCGACAGGGCCGUGCAGAGCGACGCCCCGCAGCCGGCUGGGCCAGGCCCGCCCGCCGAGGGAGAGGCCCGCUCAAGGGCCCUCUCCGCAGAGCUCCUGGCGGCGGCCGAGGCGGCGCUGCCGCGCAGCGACGCCGCGCCCCUCGGAGCGCAGAUCCGGCAGUGGCAGUCGGAGUGGGCGGGCCUCAAGAGGCUGGCGUCGGCGCCGGGGGGCGCGCGCGAGGGGGCGGCGAGCCCGUUCGCGCGGAGCCCGGGCAGCGCCUCGGCUGGUGGCCAGGACGCGUGGCCGUCGCAGCACGCCGGCGGCUUGCCUGCUCCUGGGCACCCCGCACUAAUUCAGGCGCAGGAGCGCGCCGUCCAGCGGCUCGAGAUCGCCGCCCGCGACGCCCGCGCGGGGUGCGAGGCGAGCCGCGCCGUGGCGGCGCUGGGCGCCCUGCCGAGGACCCCCUCGGGCGGCGGCGGCGACGAGGACGGCGACGACGAC